UCCCAUUCCUCGGUAGUCAUGUGCUAAACGAGAUCAUCGCUGGAACAGCUUCACGUUUUGCUACGAGUGCGCGUACACGGCGCGAUCAGCGUAGCUUUAUUUGUGUUUGGUAGACCUUAGUGCAUCAGUUCGUCGGCUUUUCGCACACAUCGCCUGUAGUCUACCAUAGUGUGUACUUUUACAAACGACAAAGAUAAGAACCCAGAAAAACACAUCAAAGCGGUGCCAUACCAUAGCCGAAUUCAAAAUGACGAUCAACGAAAGAACCUCGCUGUUGCCCAAGGAAUACCAGAAGACGUACAUCAUCCCCAUCCCUCAGGAUGAUGAGAAUAAUAAUGUUAGCAAUAAUAACAACAAUACGGACGACAAUGGCGUACUUAGAGAGUACGACAGCUGCGCAUUGACGAAGGAUGAACUGAAUAAAUACAUUGACGAUCCGUGGUGGAUAAAGAUGCGAUACGGAUGCUUUGCCUUCUGCUGGAUCGUCUGCCUGAUAGCGCUGGUCAUUUCCCUCUACAUAGCUGCCGAUGCACUUCAACAUGAUCACUGUGGGGCCAACGAAGCUCACAACCAUACACAAACGACAUCGUUCAUUUCGGAGGCCACAGGGAGCCUCCUGGAUAUCGAAAGCUCUGCGACCACAACAACCACCUUGGUCUUUCCUUUGCUCACGCAACAGGCUACCUGAAAUGAGGCUACUGUUGCGUGCACCGAUACCUUAUCGCUGUGAUCCUCUUUGUUAAGCCUCCAAACUUCCCCAUACCUUUAAACUCCACGAUGCCGGUGAAAAUCACCGAGCUGAACUCUUAUUUAUUAUCAUCGACCUACGCGCAAUCGUUGUAAAUAGUACGCUAAAUAAUAUCGCAUUGCACCGAGUAGGAGUGGACCGGCUAGCGUAUCGCACACGUGUUCCUUCAGCUAUCGAUCGAGUAAUACUUGUCGCGCAUCCAAGGUGAAUCGAUAGGGCAACGGAAAUCCAGAGGCAAAACCUGUGCCGUUUUGAAUCGGAUUGAUCCGGAAACACUAACCGUAGAAGCCGUAACGCUCCGGCUGCGUCGGUGAGAAUGGCGUUCGAUUAGAAGUGGCAUGAGGCAGAUAGUGUAACCAAGGAGAUAAUUUCUCAUACUAAGUGUAAUUGUUGAUCGACGGAAGAAAUCCGAGACGCGUUCCAAUCGUGCACGCACACAUACAAAACAGCAUGAUCCAGCGCAUGUUGAACAAUUUUUUACAGGUUUACCGCUGGAUGGAAUAAACAAACUUUAAUACCAUGCAAUCAAUAAUAGACCAUUAUCGAUUAAAUAAUCAAAUAAAGUAUAAUAUUUGUAUUUGUUUCCAAAACGAAA